AAUGUCUUUAAUUGAAAAAUAGAUAAAGACUGACACUGAUGAAGUGAUUAAAUAGCUGAAGUUAUUGUCUGAGAAUCUGAUUAAAUUGAAAAGGAUAUUUUAAGGAGAAUUAUAAGGAUAAAAUGAGGAAACAAAAUUUAUUGCUGAAAAUACAAAAUUUUUGGAAUAGAAAGUACGACCAAAAAUUGAUGAAUUAUAUAGAGAUUUAGAUAAUUAUGAAAAGAAAGUUGAAGAAAUCAAAAAAAAAAACAUUAAAUAAGGAGAUAUAAAAUAUUGUAUUAAUCAUUUUUAACUUUUAGAUUAUGAAGAAUUUGAUCUAUAAAUGUAAAGGUACUAUGACUUUUAUAAAAUCAUUUGGGCUUAAGUGUAUUAUUUUGUUUAAAGAUAAAGAAUUUUAUUGAACAAGGAUUCAGAAAAAAAAUAAUAGUUAAUUUAAAAAUUAUUGUAAUGA